UUUUUUUUUCUUUCUUUUCUAUACAGAUAAUAAGAAUGGCAUCACUUACAAGUCUUUUACCCAAACCUCGACAAACAUUAUCAUCUACAACUGAUGCACAACCACAAUUAGAAAAGAAAAUCAACCAAAUCAUUACAAAAACCAGCCAAAAUAGAAUUCCUCCUUAUGGACAACGUAAAAACUUUAGACCUCGUGGACCAGAAGAUUUCGGUAAUGGUGGUGCAUACCCCGAAAUUCACAUUCCUCAAUUUCCAUUAGGAAUGGGCCGUAAAGAAACAAGUUUAGCUGAACGUAAAGGUGGAGCCUUGACAUUGGAAGUCGACAAUGAUGGUAACAUAAAAUACGAUGCAAUUGCUAAACAAGGACAUAGUGACGACCGUAUCAUUCAUACCUCCUUUAAGGAUAUGAUUCCUCUCAAUGAACGAAAAGAUAUGGAUGUCGACAAAUUAGUCAUGGAUAGACCAAGCCAAGAAGAAGUUCAGAGUGUAGCAGAAAAGACUCGAUUAGCUCUCGAAAAGAUUGUCAACUCAAAGAUCAAAUCUUCUCAACCUAAAAAUUCAGCACUUUCAGCUUCCAACAGUACUAAUAAAGAUCCAACCUAUAUUCGUUAUACACCAGCCCAACAGGGUUCAUCUGGUGCUAAACAAAGAAUUAUUCGUAUGGUAGAUGCACCUAGAGACCCUAUGGAGCCUCCUAGUCAUUUACACAAGAAGGUUCCUCGUGGUCCUCCAUCACCUCCUGCUCCUGUUAUGCAUUCACCUCCCCGUAAGUUAACAGCUAAAGAACAAGCUGAAUGGAUCAUUCCUCCCUGUGUUUCAAACUGGAAAAACACAAAGGGUUAUACUAUCCCCCUCGAUAAACGUUUAGCAGCUGAUGGUCGUGGUCUUCAAGAGUUGACGAUCAAUGAUAAUUUUGCAAAGUUCUCUGAAGCUCUUUAUGCUGCUGAUCGUCAUGCUCGUGAAGAAGUUAGACAAAGAAAUUUGAUGCAACAGAAACUAGCCCAGAAACAAAAGGAAGCUGAAGAAGAAAAGUUAAGGCAGUUAGCUCAAAAGGCACGUGAAGAAAGAGCUGGUUUAAAGACUACAAAUCAUUCAGAAGCACCUGCAAAUGCUAAUCGUCCAUCAGCAGCCUCUCUCAUGGUAGAUUAUGAUAGUUCUGAAGAUGAAUCAGGAUCUGAAAGUGAAGAAGACUCUCCUGUUCGUCGAAGAGUUGAGGAUAGUGAUGAAGAAAAAGCAAGAGAGCGUGAUCAACUUCGACGUGAUCUCCAAAGACAAAGACAACGAGAAAUGCGUAUGAGUAAAAUGGGUACAGAAGCUAGAGCAAGGCAUCUUGCUCGUGAGCAAGGACGUGAUAUUUCUGAAAAAAUUGCACUUGGUUUAGCUAAACCAUCAUUAAGUAAAGAAAGUAUGUAUGAUGCAAGAUUAUUUAAUCAAUCAGAGGGUAUUGGAUCUGGUUUCAAAGAUGAUGAUGUAUAUAAUACGUAUGAUAAACCACUAUUCAACCAAACAUCAUCAUCUAUCUAUAGAUAUAGAGGUGAAAAUACUGAAUCUGAAGUCUUGGGUAGCACAAAUGCAGAUGACCUUGAAAGGGCUAUCAAGCAAGACAAGUUUGGUAUGCGUAAAGGAUUCCAGGGUGCUGAGGGUGGUGAAGUUGAAAAAGAUGUAUUUGGGUUAGAUACUUUCUUGAAUAAGGCGAAAAAAGGAAAGAGAGCUCGCGAUGAAGAUGAUUAUAGUGACGAUGAACGUCGUAAGAAAUAAAUCUUAUUAUGAUCUAUUAUAUAUACAUGAAUAUAUAAAGCAGACAAUUCUCCUUUUGAGACGUCAUUAUAUAUCAAUAUUACACGUUUUGUUGUCCUUUUUAUAUAAUAAUAAUGAUAAUAAAUUUACCACAU